AUGUUGGCCGAAGCUGCUCACUUGAUCGCCCUGGCUCUCUCCGGGGCAUACACUAUUCUUGCCUUCUACGCUGUCUUGCCAGAAUGGCCGCUGCCUCUCAUACUCUGCUUGGGGCUCUGGUGCCAUCGGCAGCAGUACUGGCUACGCAAUGACCGCAUUCACAACACCCUUCCUGCGAAAAGCUAUCCCCAUACCGACGUGCUCCUCGGCAUGGACUGGUUCUUUGCUAUGCUCCACGCCCUGAGGACGUAUGCUGUUCUCGAUAUGUGGAACGAGAUGUUCACUUCCAUCGGGCAGACAUUCUGGAAUCAGAGUAUUGGCCAGUGGGUAUUGUUGACGAACGAGCCCGAGAAUGUGAAGGCAAUGCUGAGCACAAAUUUUGAAGACUGGGAGUUGGGGUUUUCCCGAAAGAAGUUGACACAGCUGGCGAUUGGCGAAGAGAACCUCUUUGCCUUGAACGGGGAGGAAUGGAAGAGGGCACGCCAUGAUGUCAAGGGUAUAUUCCGCCGAGGCGAGAUCAGAGAUCUGCAGGGUGUCGAGGCCCAUGUCGAGAACCUCUUGACGAGAAUCGCAAUGGAGGGCGACAAGGUCGACUUGCAGAAGCUGAUGUACCUGUUUGGCAUGGAUGCCAGCACGGAGUUCAUAUUUGGAUACUCAACCGACACGCUACUACACUCUACCGUCUCAACAGAUGACUUUGCAAGAAGCUUGGAUUACUCCCUCGAAGCAGCUGCGUUCCGUGCACGGCUUGGCUCGAUCGCCUUUCUCAAGCCCGAUCCUCGAUUCGAGGAGGCUGUGAAAACGACACGCGCCUUUGCCGAUGACUUUAUCAACCGCGCGAUGCUUAACAGGCACUCGCAUUACCAGGGAGAGAAAGACCAAAUGUUUCUGCAGGAUGUUUUGGGGGAUGGCAAGUCCAGAAGCUAUGCCCGAGACCAGAUGCUGAGCAUGAUAAUUGCUGGGAGGGACACCACGGCCAGUGUUGGGAGCAGCUUACUCUGGAUGCUUGCGAGGAGACCCGAUGUCGUGUCCAAGAUUCGAGCCGAGAUCAUGGUCCUGGAAGGAACCAGGCCAAGCUGGGAAGACCUUAAGGGGUUGCGAUACUUGAACAUGGUGAUCAAAGAAGGCAAGCUAUAUGAACCACAGCAACUGCAGCGGAACUGA